ACGAGCUCGGAGCGGAGUUUCAUUCAUGAGAUAAGUACACUAUCCGGCACAUUGUUGGAAGAGACGAGAUGCAGUGAAAACCGCAUCCCGUGCUGCUCCGCAAGUAAAGAAAAAACCAAACAAGUUCCCGGCAAUCAAGUUUUGUUAUUGAAAUCCUAAACCCAGUGUGUAUUAUCGUCAAAGUACAAACUAAAACGUAGAGAAAACCAGCCGAAGAAGCACAAGGAAAGCUAGUUAUUCGAAUGAUAGUUUAUUGAUUCAACCAACUAGCGCAGAGAAUGAUUGGAGUGAUAUCAUAUGGCAAUAGAAGACGAGGAUCGAGUUGUUUCAAUAGUAAAUCGCGAGGUAACGGUGGAAAACGUGCCAAAAAGACACGACAUUCACGGCAGCAGCAUGCAUCGUCGGCGGCAGCGAAUAGUCGCUGUAAUACAAGUGUCGGCCACGAGAGCGCGCUAGCGGUAAUCAACUGUGGCCAAAAGCUGUCAGCGAAGAAGAACCGAGCGAAAACGGUGGCGAGAAAGAAGCGCCACCGCACAGCCAAUCCGGCAAGUAGCAGACGUAGCUCAUCAGUGUCAGUGACAGGAGGAGCAGAGAGUAAAAAACAAGAACAAGUUCGAUCGACGAGUUCGGCAAGUUUGGCCGAUGGUGGUGCUGCUAAUAAAAUGUGCGAAAAUAAUCCCGUUCCGUCUGGAGGUUCGGGUAGGAAACGGGGUCACCAGCAUCAUCCGAGGUUCAGCGGCAGCAGGAAGUCCAACGUACCGGCCGAGGACGUGAUUGCAGCGCUGCGAGGUGCCUUUGACUGUGGUGGAAUAAUUACGACGUCGACGGGAGACGGAGGUAGUAUAAGCAGCAGCUCGUCAUCGUCGUCACUGCUGAUUGGCAACAGUUUAGUAAACACAGACAUAAUCAUCAGCAACGACGAGAAUGCGAAUCCCCAGCAGAAUGUCACCGUCGGAGUGGGGGAGGAAGAUGAAGACAAACAAACGAUGCUGAUUGCGAUCGAUGAUAAUAACGAUGGUGGCGUUGACGAUGAUGAUCUUGUAAAUAAUAAUAGCCACAACCUAGGCCAGGAUCUCAACCAGGAAGUGGAACUGUAUCAAGAUACCAGUAAAAGUAUAUUAGAAAACGACGAAAGGCUGACAAAGCAAAGUGAUGAGUUGAUUAAUCAACAACAAAACAAGGACAACAACAGCAACAGCAAUAGUCUAGUUAGUAGCGAUAUAAGUAAUAGCACGGCUAGUAAUAUAAUAGUGAUAGACGAUGACGAAGACGACGAUGGAGGAGCCAGCGCUGCUAGUGGGGAACCGCUGGAGGUGGUCAAGCUGGAGGAAGCCCCCACCGGUCAGGAGCUAGUCAAACAAAUUAGCAAAAAGCUAAAACGCAGCAAAAAGAGUCCGUCCUCGGAUGAUUCCAGCACCGCCAGUGCAAGCCGGAAGAAAUCCAGCAGCAGUAGCAAAAAAUCUUCCAAAAAUUCCGAUGGCAGCAGCAACGGCAAGCAGCGGAAAAAGAUCCGGGCUUCAGCGGGGGAUAUUGCCAAAUUGGAGCGAGCGCUGGGAGAUGGAGCACCGUGCGAUGACGGAGCAGCAGCAGACGAGAACGAUCCGGAUGCGGCGGAAUGGGCCAAAUUGCGGUGCACCAGCGAGCGGACUGAAGUAAUCGCCGAGAGGGAACAUCGGCGGCAGAAGCGAUGCGCGGACUAUCCAGGGCUAGCCUUCGGACGGUCCAUUUUCAGCUCGGACACAAUGAUGAAGUUCAACAUCAUCCGGAAUGAGCUGCACAACAUCAUGAAGACACAACUGAAACGGGCCGAAUCCGAAGUCGCUGCCCUGAACCGUCGUAUUCAGCUGCUGGAGGAAGAUCUGGAACGUUCGGAAGAACGUCUGGCUUCCGCCACGGCUAAAUUGUCAGAGGCUUCGGCGGCUGCUGAUGAGAGCGAACGGAUUAGAAAAGCCCUUGAAAAUCGUACAAACAUGGAAGACGAUAGAGUAGCGAUACUGGAAGCACAAUUAUCCCAGGCCAAACUAAUAGCAGAAGAAGCAGACAAAAAAUACGAAGAGGUGGCCCGAAAGCUCGUGCUCAUGGAACAGGACCUGGAACGUUCCGAGGAGAAGGUCGAAAUGAACGAAAGCAAGAUCGUCGAGCUUGAGGAAGAGCUCCGCGUUGUCGGUAACAACCUGAAGUCGCUGGAAGUCUCGGAAGAAAAGGCCAUGGCAUCACGUGAUUCUGUCGAAGAUAAAAUCCACCAAUUGAACGAUAAAUUGACCAAUGCUGAAGCUCGCGCUGAAUUCGCUGAGCGUUCCGUUCAGAAGUUGCAGAAGGAAGUCGACAGACUCGAGGACGAACUACUGCACGAGCGCGCCAAGAACAAAAUGCUCCAGGAAGAAAUGGAAGCCACCCUGCAUGAUAUUCAGAACAUGUAAACUUUGGCAACGGAUGUCAACAGUGUAACUACUACUACGUCUACUUCGACUACAAACAAACAAACAAUCGACAGCACCAUUAUUCAAUCAAAGAUGGCGGAGAAGAUGGUGAAUUAGUAAAACAAACAAAAAAAAAUGUUAGGAUGGACCCACUAGUCCUCGGGUGCCGUGAAACAACUUCUUCCGCGGACAGCAUUGUUCUACUCUGCGCGUCGCUGCUGUUACUCAUCGCGUUUUUUUGUAGCUGUCACGAUCUUUUUUAUGCUGGAAAAAAAGAGACACACUUAACAUACUACUACACCCUCAAGUAUACCGUUAAGCAAGGAUCUGUCACGAAAAUAUGCACAGGCAAACGUUUACCAAUCUGCACAACAAACAUCAACUUCACGUGAACACGAUUAAGGUAGCGAAAGUUUAGGAACUAACGCGCUGUGGAGUGACAUCUACCGGACAACGAGCCGGUAGCUUGUGGCUUGCGUGCGCCAUUCGGUUAGGAUUAUUGUACAUUUACAUUGCCAAGUGGACAAACAUUCCGCACGGACAUUCACAUUCGAUUUUCGAGGUUAAUCAAAAAAGACAUUAUUCUCUUGUUAAGUAGCAAGUUUGCUGGACAGCUUAAAGUUUGUUAGGAUUAUGGAAACAAAUAAACUGUUACUGCCCCCUCCCCGUUUACUUUUACAAUUGCGUUUGCGCCUUUCGACCGUUUUGCAAUUUAUUAUUUUUUCUUCCAUAACGUCUACAUUUUCUUUCUCAUUUUGUCUUCCGAUUGACUUGUAGAAUUAAAAGUAAAACAAAUCGCGCAUUUAACGCCAACCAAAUGCAUUUAUUUGCUAUAACACGUUUUGAAAGACGAAAAAAGAUCAAAUCAUGUUUUAAAGAAUGAGUGUCAUCGCAAAACAAACUCCCACGAACACAGAAAAAACACAAUGCGAUUGUUCAAAUGUUAUCAAUGAUAAUGAAUUGCACAAAAAUAAAAAUAUAUUGCAAACUAUUCGGAUAAGGUUACACCCGUAGAGAUUUAAGUAGUUCGAAGAGAAACCGUAGAAUCGAUGAUACGUAUUUGAACUGCACCAUGCAGAUCAUUUGGGAUAGAAUACGUAUAUUUUACUCUCGUUGCCCUAUGUUCGUUUCGUUAGGAUUUAAUUUUUGAGUCCUCUUCUUAAUUUUAGUUUACUUUUCGUUUCUUUCCGCAAUAAGUUAUCACUAUUUUUAUUGAGAACCGAAAAAAAGAUGGUCUAAUGCAGAGUAAUUUAUGAGAGAUAGAGCAGUUCUUUUUAUACAUAUUUUUUUUAAGGAACAGCAUGAGAUAUUUCAAAUGACGGAAGAAAACAUUAGGAGUGGCGGAAAAUCGACCGGAAGAACCAGAUGGGAACUGCGUUUUAGUUAACUUUACAAUGUGCCUUUGAUCCGCCAUUUAGGGAAGCUGUUACUUUUUCCGAUUGAUUUUCCGGAUCACAUUUUAUUGGAGAUGAUUUUUUAUGGCAAAGCCAUGGUCGAGAGUAUUUUUGUUUUUUUUUCUUUCGUCAUAAAGUAAACUAAGCGCAGUAAAAUGGUAAGGAUCGUGUACAACCUAUUCCGUCAAGUCCAUUCCAUAGCAAACACAUAAACACAAAAACAAGCAUCAGAUCAGAUUGAGUUCGAGAAGGGACAUGUACACGCAAACUUCGCGAUCAAUACUGUUAGCAUUUAGGGAACAAAAGCAUUCAUUUCAACAUUUUGCCAAUAAACCAACAAAACCUACAACAGCGACUAUAAAAUGAUAUCAUAUUUGAGUGUUUAUAAUAAUAUAUUAUUUUAUUUAAAGCCGA